AUGAUCUCUAAUACAGAUCAAGGCUUAGAUGUGGCUUUGCAAACACGAGCAGCCAUCUCAGACCUAUAUGUACAUCACAUAAUCUCAGCUGGUCAAAGACUUCGCAUUACAACCCCCUUUAAGGCUCCCAAUCCACGACCAGUGAUUUUGGUUCUUGGCGAGGACUACAGCGGAAAAUCGUCGCUUAUAAGUCACAUCACCGGAUCAAGGCUUCGCUCAGAGGGAAUGUGCAUCAAUAUAUACGUGCCUUGCGUCAACGAUGUUGCCUAUUUUACAGACAGUCUUGCAGACACACUGCCAUCCAUCCAUGCUUGCUUUCGUGAAAACGGAUUCCCAGGCUCGCAUAUUCGUUGCAGCGCUUUUAAUUCAUAUAGUAAGCAGACUCCUGGAUCGGUGCUUUCAACAGACCAGAGCCAAUUACAAAGUGGGUUUCACAACGCGAACCUCUCCCCCACCGGGAAAUCCAUGUACUACUCUACUAAGUCGACUGCUGAGGGCACUAAGCAGCUGCCAAGGGGACGUGAUUCUUCAUCUACUUCGGCUUCUAGAUAUAAAGAUGUCUCGUCUAAUUCUGCUACCCUCUAUAAUUCGAUAGAUAAGUUAGAAAAGUCUGUCUCACAUUUACCACAGAGUAACAACAUACUUCAUGGAGCAUCUGACCAGUUAAUGGGGCCUACGUGUCCCUUUAUUUUCAUCGAAGUACCAUUUUUCUACCGCUACGUGAUAGAGUCGUCGACUUCAAAAGGAAUUCUCAGCUCUCUGAGCAACCUGUCCAAGCGAGGCAAACAAGCCAAGCCGAGCUCGCUUUUUUCUAAGGCAGAAACUCGAGUGUUUGAAAACACAAUCAAGGCGCUCUUUCAUCAAGUUGAUAAGAUCCUUUUUACAACAAGCUGUGGUAUAGAUACAAAAACCGAAGGCUUUUCUGUGGAAAAUGGAAGGCUACUACACUACAUCAGUUCAUCAAAUGAGCUUUUUGGAAAAACAACUAUUCUAAUUACUAAGUGUGAUCGUCUUACAGAUAAACAAUCGUGUAUUGACGCCAUUCAGGAGUACGCCUCGUCACUCAUAUUGCUCUCCCCAUACAGACGUUUCAAAAUGAAUCUAGUCUGUAUCCCCCAUUAUGGCAAUGCAAAAAUGGCAAACCAGCAGGCUAAAACGACGAGGCUAAAACAAGAUAUAUGCGAUACUAUAAGAUGUCUUAAUGAGCAAACAAGAGCGCUUGUCGACACGUCAAACAUAGUUCUUGAAGUCACUAAAUUGAGUGCUACUCUAAGCAACAGACCGCAACAGUAUGGAGCUAGCGAAGUAGAAACAGGUGCACUGCCACAGCUCUCGCAGGAGCCAACACAUUUGGGCAUCUCUACUUUGACCUUAUCUGCAGACAAGCAGGAUAAGUUCCUUUCUUCGUCAGUGGCACCCUCUCAGCAGCAGAACUAUACACUAGCUGAUUCGCUGCAGCAGUCAAAUGUAGUUAAGACCCUUGCUGCUUCACAAGCAAUCGUUAACGCAAUGGCCGGAAAGCUCAUUAGCCAAUGCGGCACCAUGCUCCGGGUCGUAAACCCAAAUACUUAUGAUGCUCACUCUAUCAUUUCUCAGGGCCCAGCAAGCUCAGAGGUUGGUCUUGGAAACGGCUUACACCAAAGUUGUGCCUCUACCAGCCGAAUCGGUGAGCUCUUAGCAUCUACCGAUGAGCUCUGUUGGUCCCUUGAGCAAUCCAUUUUUGUUGACAACGAACGUAUUCUCAGGGAUUGCCACGCAGUGAUCGUUAGCAUUCUAAGGCGGCUGGAAUAUAAUAUCCGGGCAGUGCGGCGGAUUAAGCGCAAAAACGCGUUUCUUACUCUUCUUCGCAUUCUUAUGAUCACGCUGGCCAUUCUGCUCUGCUUUAUGAUGGCCUCUGCCGCACAGCUCUUUGGUGCCGAUUUUCUGUAUGCACGCUGUCACGUACACCAUCUAGAACGGCACAGGAUCUUUGAGGGUGGACGGUUUGAUGGCAGCGCUUUGGAGAUGGCAAUCUGUGUCCUUUUAUAUGAGAUAGGAGUGCUGGGCUUGCAGCGGCUAGCAACUAACACUCUAACCAUGGUGUGUAUCUGGGCGCUUGUGCCUCUUUUGGUUUUGAUGGCUGUCUUUCUAGAUGCACUGUACUCAGCCAAGCCUCUUCAGAAUAAUGAGCUAGCGUCUCUAAAGAAAGAGUCUGAGUACGUGUUCAAACCUAUGCUCAUUCUACUUGAUGGAUUUCUUGAGCAGAAGGAACAUGAUGUAACGUAA